AUGACGAUUUGCAAAAAGGCAGAUGCUGUACUUGCGAGGGAAGUAACGGUCAGGGGAGCCGAACUAUCGCGGAUGGAGAACGGUCAUGAGAUCGGUACCCAACAUGCAACGAAGGGAGACCGCGACACCGGGCAAGAAGGGCUACGUGACAGAUCGUCUCUACCGAAGGCUGAGCCGACUGACCGACUGUUGAAAUUGGGCCAGCCGGAAGAGACGAAGGAGCCUAAAGAAGAAAUAAUGCUAAAUACUGAAGACGUCGAGAUUGCAGAAAUACCAGUUUAUCACCACGAGAGCGGAGAUUUGUUUGCGGAAGAUAUCGAGCAGCAUAUUGCCGUGCUACCAGAGAUGUCGGCUACUACGGAAGAAGUUACGAUUGAGGACAUUCAGAUCGGCGAUCCCGAUGUGCCUCUCACCACAGAUUAA